AUGAAGUUCUCCGCCGUCCUCUCCGCUCUCGCCCUCGUCGCCCCCGGCGUCUUCGCCUCUCCCACCCAGCGUGACCUCGCCACCAUCCAGGGCGUCAUCACCGACAUCCAAGGCCAGGUCAACUCCCUCCAGACCGCUAUCGAGGCCAGCCCCCUUGACGCAGAUGCCAUCAUUGCCCAGUCCAAUGCUCUCGUCACGACAAUCCAGGACGGCGCCACAACCGUGAACGGUCAGCCCGUCCUCACCCAGAUCGAAGCCCUCGGCCUCGUCUCCCCGGUACAGGACCUCGCCGCCGACGUCGAUACCACCAUCCAGGCCCUGAUCGGCGUCAAGGACGACAUCCUCGACCUCGGCGAGGGAUGCACCACCCUUGAGGCUCUCCAGGCCCAGGCCGCCGCUGCCCAGCAGCUCUCCGACGCCAUUGUCUCCAAGGUUCCCGCUGCCCUUGAGGACAUUGCCACUGAGCUCGCCGCUACCGUCUCCGCUGCCAUCCAGAAGGGUGUGGAUGCCUACGCUGGAUCGUGCGAUGGAACCGAGCCUACCUCCACCACUACUACCUCCGAACCCACCAGCACGACUACCUCUACCACUCGCACCGCUUGCCCUGCUCCUACCCAUUAA